AUGCCUACUGGUGCUAUUUUGUCAAAGCUUGACCUUUUGUCUUUUGUCAAAUACCAGUGUCCCUGUGAAGCUUCUCAUGUGAGACUCACAGUAGCCACCACAGCUCUCAGACAGAUUGGCCACCCUUUGGCAAUUGUGGUCAAAUUGUUUGGUCAGCCCUUGCCUUGCCAGUACUUCUAUUUCUUCUCUGGCAUUGGAGCCUACUUCUUUGUGAUUCCAGUAUAUCAGAAGACCAGCUUAGAUACCCAGUCUCGAAGGACUGAGCAGCUACUAGAUUCCCGGACUUUUCAUUCACAACUAGCCAUUGUUGUAAUGCAGCCUACCCCUUAUAUGAAAGGUCAGCAAGUCAUCUAUUCCUUGUUCCUGAAAGAGAAAUUCAGAGAAAAGAAACAGAAAGAAAUGGCUGAUUCUCCAGUAUGUAUUUUCCAGGAUCCGUUGACAUUCCGGGAUGUGACUGUGGACUUCUCUAAAGAGGAGUGGGGAUGCCUGGACACUGCUCAGAGGGCUUUGUACAUUGAUGUGAUGUUGGAGAAUUACAGCAACCUGCUCUUUCUGGAGAACUACUACAAAUGUGAUCCUGUCCAUCACCAUGUGAAGACUGAAAAUGAGUCUUGUCAGUGUAAUGAGCUUGGCAAAGUGCUUCAUGACCCCUCCACAUGUGCUCAUGAUAAAAUAGGUGAAACUCCAGAAAACUCUAAUAACUACAGGUGCAGUAAUUAUAGGGAGACCUUUAUUGAGUCUUCAAACUCACAUAGACAUGAAAGCAUGCAUACUGGAGAAGAACCUUGCAAAUUUAAAGACUGUGAGAAAUCUUUGCAUUCCAACAGUACUCGAGAUCAGAGACUCCACAUUGCAAAGAAAGAGAACAGGCAGGGAGAAUAUGAUGACUAUUUCAGCUCAGCACCCAGUCUUUUCAAACAACCAAUCUGCAUUCAAGAGAAAGCCCAGCAGUGUGGGAAAUGUGAGAAAUGCUUCAGUAAGGCCUCAAGCCUUGCUGUACAUCAGAAAAUUCAUACUGGAGAGACAUCUUACAAAUGUAUACAACGAGAUAAAUCCUUUACCUGGGACUCAUAUCUUAGAAAACAUCGUAGGGUUCAUACAGGAGAGAGACCUUACAGAUGUAAGGAAUGUGACAAAUCCUUUACCACUUGUGGAAAUCUUAGAAGACAUCAGAGAAUUCACACUGGGGAGAAACCUUACAAAUGUAUGGAAUGUUGCAAGUCUUUUAACCAGGACUCUCAUCUUAGAAAACAUCAGAGGGUUCAUACUGGAGAGAAACCUUACAGUUGUCAGGAAUGUGGCAAAUCUUUGUCUACACUUUCAACUCUUAUAAAUCAUCAGAAACUACAUACUGGAGAGAAACCUUACAAAUGUAGGGAAUGUGACAAAUCUUAUGCUAUGUGCUCAUAUCUUAGACAACAUCAGAAAAUUCAUACUAGAGCAAAAUCUUACAAACACAAAGACUGUAACACAUCCUUCAAUCAGAUUUCAGCUUAGAAGACAUCAGAAACUUCAUAAUG